AGACAACUCUUUUUCAAAGAUUUUUACAAGCCGAAGUUCAUGGCAUUCUUAAAAUAUGAUCUUGGAAAGCGCUUGAAUCCGUUUGGAAUCAUCGUUGAGAAUGUGGAUGUGGAGAAACAACCAUCAUUGACAGAUUGAUGAUAAGUGUGGAUCUUUGAGUUCAACGGCAACAAAAAGCAGAUAAGUUCUCUACGUUUUUUUGUAUCAGACUCCAAAAAGAUCAUAGGCAGACACUAAUCUAAUAGUGUUCUAGCCAGAUUCUUAUUUUGGGGACAUAUUGUCCCGAGUCCCUGUUGCUUGAAAGCUUAGUCCCAAUAGAAAAUCUAAAUCCAUCUCCCUAGAAACUGUUGGUUGGUAGUGCAAAGAGAUGUUUGGCGGGGGAGGGAUGGAGAGUAACACCUACUUUAGUACCCACGGCUUUUUACAAAACAACCAUCGGCUUAAAAUAUAGUCUUAAGACAUAAAAUGACUAUGUCUAAGGCUAUGAAUUGGUUAUGAGCUUGUUGGAUGGAUAUAACGACCACAAGUUUUGCAAACUAAUUGGAAAAUCUUGCUCCCGCGGCGUUAUUAAGGGUUUGAGAGAAGUCUUCAGACAAAGACUCUACAUCUAAACCAGAUCCAUUACUUACACACAGCUUUAGAAGUUCAGCACCCACGGCUUAAAAAAAAAACAAGUCUUUAGACAGAGACUGAGACUGUGAUUGUAAACGUAUCACCAGAUUUGUACCCUCGGCUUGCAAGAAACAAAGACAGUGAUUGAAAACGUAUAUAUCACAUCUGUACCCACGGCUUGCAAAAAAAGUCUUUAGACAGAAACUGUGAUUUUAAACGUCUUCAUCACAACAGUACCCACGGCUUUGCAAAAGAAAAAAGGUUCUAGACAAAUACUGUGAGUGAACAAGUCUUCAUCACAUCAGUACCCACGGCUUGCCUAAAAAUAGGUUUUCAGACAAAGACUGAAUGAAAACGUCUUCAUCACAUUUGUACCCACGGCUUUGCAAGAACGUCAUUAGGUUGGUUUUGAACUUGUUGGAUAGAAAAAACAUUCAGUCCCAUAAAGCAAGCCUUAAGAAAAAGACUGUGGAUAUAUAACCUUAUUUUACCACUAACAGGGUAACUAUGAGGCAUUUUGCGUCAACUAAAGACUAAUUAGAUUUAUGAUUUCCUCAGGUUUUGUAUGUGCUUCAGAAGACUCGGAGACGAUUCCAAAUGUAUCAGAUUUCUUUGACAGGUAUUGUUCAUAUCCUCAUUGACGCUUGUUCAGACAAGAAGGUUAUUAAGCACUCUUUGUGACUUCGUGGAUGGAACUUCUUCUUGCAGCAAAGCAAUCCGGAUCCAACACAUACGUCUCUCUGAUGCCAAGGUUUCUUCGAUCCAUUAAGAAAUAUAGAAAGUCAGUUUUGGUUCUUUCUUAAUCAUGGUGGAGCCUUGCGAGACACGCAACAACGGUGCAGCAUAUCAGAUGGUUAGAUAUCAAAAACAUCACAACUCCAGGAUACCGUCAUCAUCAACAGCAUUGCUAUCAUCGCCAUUGCUAGAACUGAGAGUGUUCUACGUCAGAAUCAGCAACUUCAAGGUGGAUGAAUCCACACCUGAGAUCCUCACAAUCACUCACAUCCCUCUUGAUCCAGAUACACUUCUCGAGAUCAACGGUACUCGAAUGAGCAUAGUUUCCUCUCAGCUAAGGAGAGAUCGUGCUGACAAGAACUCAGAAGCAGCUAUUUAUAUCAGCACAGACAGUAUCAGGUUAUCUGGUAGUGUGAAGUUUGAGGUAUACGACAAAGAGGACCUAGUUUUGUCUGGAACGUUAGAGAUGUCUGGUGGUAGUAAUAGCGUGAAGCAGCGGUGGGGAAUGAACUGUGAAGCUGAGAUCACUGCAGGGUCUGGUUUCUUGAAGGAGUUGUCUUCUCUGUUGCCAAGUGUUGACGUCUAUGUCACUGGUUGCUUCUCGGGGACACCUAUUAUUUUGACCAAGACGCUGCAGCUUGGUUUCAGAAAGAAGAAGAGUAGAGGGACUGGAUUAGAUUCGAUUGCGGAGUAUGAAGCUGGUGAGCCAUGGAAAGAUUUUGAGGUAACAAAAUAUGGAAGGUAUAAAGAAGAUUAUGGAGGAGAAUAUGAUGAUAUGUAUAUGAGAAGAGAGUAUGAAGAUGGUGAAGAUGGAGAAAUGUCAUGGUUCAAUGCGGGUGUGAGGGUUGGUGUGGGAAUUGGUCUUGGUGUAUGUGUAGGUCUUGGCGUUGGAGUUGGACUUUUGGUUCGUACCUAUCAAUCAACCACCAGAAACUUCAGAAGAAGGCUUCUCUAGUUCAACUCAAAUUUGCCUCAAGCUUCUUAGUCUUCUCUAACUCCCACUCAGUCACAAAUCUCUUUUGACUGCUAUAUAGUCCAAUGCUGGUGAGUAUAAAACCUUUCUUCAUGUGUUUUUUUCUUAUUCUCUGUGUGCCUUCAAUUUUUGAAAGAUUAUUCUCUUCUUGUGUUUGUUGAGUUUAAGACAGAAACAAAGCUUGUCACUGCCUUUAUUAUCUGUAAAUA